UAUAUAAGAAGUCUUUGUGAGAGGAAGCAAAGAAGGACCUGGGCUUUGGGAAGAUCUAAAGACCCAGGAAGGUCUCUGGGUGGGUGAGUGCUUUCUCUGCUGUGGUGGAGCUGGUGAGUUUAUUCUGCCAGGAGGUCCCUGGCUGUGGCUGACAGUUUCUGGAGGGCUGGCAGGGGUCUACCUGUGGUUUUCAGGAUAAAGCCAAGAUGAAACUCCCCCUACUUCUGGCGCUUCUAUUUGGGGCAGUUUCUGCUCUUCAUCUAAGGUCUGAGACUUCCACCUUUGAGACCCCUUUGGGUGCUAAGACGCUGCCUGAGGAUGAGGAGACACCAGAGCAGGAGAUGGAGGAGACCCCUUGCAGGGAGCUGGAGGAAGAGGAGGAGUGGGGCUCUGGAAGUGAAGAUGCCUCCAAGAAAGAUGGGGCUGUUGAGUCUAUCUCACUGCCAGAUAUGGUGGACAAAAACCUUACGUGUCCUGAGGAAGAGGACACAGUAAAAGUGGUGGGCAUCCCUGGGUGCCAGACCUGCCGCUACCUCCUGGUGAGAAGUCUUCAGACGUUUAGUCAAGCUUGGUUUACUUGCCGGAGGUGCUACAGGGGCAACCUGGCUUCCAUCCACAACUUCAAUAUUAAUUAUCGAAUCCAGUGUUCUGUCAGCGCGCUCAACCAGGGUCAAGUCUGGAUUGGAGGCAGGAUCACAGGCUCAGGUCGCUGCAGACACUUUCAGUGGGUUGACGGCAGCCGCUGGAACUUUGCGUACUGGGCUGCUCGCCAGCCCUGGUCCCGCGGUGGUCACUGCGUGGCCCUGUGUACCCGAGGAGGCCACUGGCGUCGAGCCCACUGCCUCAGAAGACUUCCUUUCAUCUGUUCCUACUGAGCUGGUCCCAGCCAGCAGUUCAGAGCUGCCCUCUCCUGGGCAGCUGCCUCCCCUCCUCUGCUUGCCGUCCCUCCCUCCACCUCCCUGCAAUAAAAUGGGUUUUACUGAAACGGA